AUGCACAGAGUACUCAGAAUCGGCGUCGACGUUGGCGGUACAAAUACCGAUGGAGUGAUACUAGACCCUACAAAGGCCUCAGAGCCGGGAAAGGGUAUCGUUGCAUGGCACAAAGCACCAACGACCACAAAUCCUAGCUUGGGCAUCAGUGAUGCUCUAGUAUUUAUGUUCGACCAAGCCGAAAUCAAUCCUCAAGACGUUGCUUCUGUGACUAUUGGUACUACACAUUUUGUCAAUGCGGUGGUGGAAAGGGAUGCUGCGAGGCUUGCCCGGGUAGCCGUGAUUCGACUUUGUGGGCCUUUCAGUAAACACGCUUUACCAUGUUUAGACUGGCCGACCGACAUGAGGGAGCUCAUCCUUGGUCACUAUGCUUUGGUCAAGGGUGGUCUUGAAGUGGAUGGCAACUUGAUCUCGGACAUCAAUGCCGACGAGAUCAGGGAACAAUGUGAAAUCAUCAAGGGAAAAGGUAUAACAAGCAUUGUGGUGAACGGGGUCUUUAGUCCGAUCGACAACACUCAUCAUCAAGAGGAGCAGACUGCGCAGAUCAUUAGCGAAGCUCUACCUGGGUGUCAUGUGGUCCUCUCUAAAGAAGUCGCCAACCUCGGAUUCCUGGAGCGCGAGAACGCUGCCAUUCUGAACGCCUCCAUUCUGCCUUUCGCAAGGAAAACUAUUCGCUCCUUCCAAGAACCUAUCAAACUACUUGGGCUAACAUGCCCUGUCUUCCUGAGUCAGAAUGAUGGGACAAUACUGAGCGGUGAGAUGGCAUCACGAUUGCCUAUCAAGACGUUCUCCAGUGGACCAACAAACAGUAUGAGAGGCGCAGCAUACCUAGCCCAAGGCGAGACAAAGGAAGCAAUGAUGGUCGUCGAUAUCGGUGGAACAACAACUGACGUCGGCUUACUACUCGCCAAUGGCUUCCCCAGACAAGCAGCAGCAUACUCUGAAUUUGCCGGCGUUCGCAUGAAUUUCUCGUGUCCUGAUGUCAAAAGUAUCGGCCUCGGAGGCGGGUCCAUCGUACGAGAGCGUAAUGGCGAAACCACCGUCGGCCCUGACAGCGUGGGUUACAAGAUCCAGACAGAAGCUCUUGUAUUCGGCGGCAAUAUCGCUACGACUACCGACUAUACAGUCGCUGGAAGUGAGAAUGUCGACAUCGGCGAUCGCAGUAAGGUGAAGCAUCUGUUCGAGACCGGCAUCUCUUCCUUCAAGGCAGUAACGAAGGCAAUGCUUGAGAAAGUCGUCGAUACUAUGAAAACAUCGCCAGAAGAUCUGCCAGUACUACUGGUAGGUGGAGGAGCAGUGAUAGCUCCCGACGAGCUGCAGGGCGCAAGUCGCGUGAUCAAGCCCGAGUAUUCGGGAGUAGCUAACGCAAUCGGAGCUGCUAUUGCAAGAGUCAGCGCUGUGAUCGAUACAGUCAAGUCAACUGAAACCAAGAAUGUUGCUCUUCUGGUAGAAGAGAUAUCGAGAGAAGCGAUUGGAAAAGCGGUAGAGUCUGGAGCUGCGCAAGACUCUGUCAAAAUUGUCGAGGUUGAGACACUACCCUUACCAUACAUUGCGAAUAAGAGCAGAUUCAUCAUCAGAGCUGCAGGAGAAUUCGACUAUACUCGCGCCAACGAGAUGAAUUCGACUACAGAAGACGAGCUUUCAGACGACAACAACAUGAACGCCUACGAGAAGAAUGGCAAUAAGUCUCAAAGAAACGUCAAUGCGGACAACAAGCAUGUUAUAGCUGAGCCGGUCAACAUCACCACAUAUAAGCCAAAAGUUGAGGAUCGAGUCUGGUAUGUCUCGGAGACCGAUCUCGAUUGGAUGGCCAUCGGCUGCUAUAUUCUAGGGACUGGCGGUGGUGGCUCUCCAUACUCGCAUAUGCUUCGUAUGAGAAGCCUCCUACGUAACGGAGAUAUCAUCAGAGUCAUCAAUCCGCAUGAUCUUAAGGAUGAGGACCAAGUGGGUUGUGGAGGUGGAGCUGGCUCACCCACUGUCGGUAUCGAAAAACUCCCUGGCGAUGAGAUGAUGGAUGCUCAACAUUGUCUCUAUGAGCAUUGUGACAGAAAGGCUACUGCCAUGAUUGCACUAGAGAUUGGGGGCGGCAACGGGCUGCAAGGUAUGAUUCUUGGAGCAAGCUCUAACAUGAAUCUUCCAACUGUUGACGGCGACUGGAUGGGAAGAGCAUACCCGACUAAAUGGCAAACAACACCUGUUGUAUUCAACGAGCGACCAUGCGUGUUCUGCCCGAUCGCAACAGCAGAUGGAAAUGGUAAUUUGAUUUACAUGCCAACAGCCACGUCGGAUCUGGCUGUGGAACGAAUCAUUAGAGCCGCAUUGUCUCAGAUGGGUUCUCACGUCGGUUGCGCAGAGGGUCCAGUCACCGGGGCAGAAACAAAGCGCUGGGCUGUCGAACACACAAUAUCUCUAGCCUGGCGCAUCGGUCGAGCAGUCGCCGCAGCACGCCAAAGCAAUCGUAUAGACACCGUAGCCGAAAGCAUCAUCGACGAGGUCGGUGGUCCCGAAGCAGCAAAAGUCAUCUUCAAAGGCAAGAUCGUUGGUGUAGAACGUACACUACGCAAUGGUCACGUCUAUGGCGAAGUCAUCAUUGAAGCAGCUGCCGACACUUCUUCUACUGAGUUCAAGGGCCGUAUCAAGAUUCCCUUCAAGAAUGAGAAUAUUGCCGCGUUCAAGGUCAACGAGCAUGGGAGUGAGGAAGUGUUAGCGAUUGUACCAGAUCUCAUUGCAGUGAUUGAUGCACAGUCAGGAGAAGCUAUUGGCACUCCUGAGUAUAGGUAUGGUCUGUUAGUCACGGUCAUUGGUAUCACAGCUAGUGAUAAGUGGACUUCGACUCCACGAGCCAUUGAGAUUGGCGGACCAAAAGCGUUUGGCCUGACGGACAUCGAGUAUAAACCACUUGGGAAGUUUGUCAAGCCUAUCAGUGUUAUUGACGAGUAUUCUGAUUAA